AUCUUUUUUGUGUGUGUGUUCAGCAGAAGAAACAAACUCAUACAGGUUUGGAACAAUUUGAGGGUGAGUAAAUGAUGACAGAAUUUUCAUUUUUGGGUGAACUAUCCUUUCAUUAUGUUUAUUAUGCAACUCUUAACCCUUAAAUGGGUUAAAAAUGGGAAUUGGGAAUGGGAAUGAAAUGGGAAGCUGUCUGAAAGGGAUGUCCAGGUACUGAUUGUAUCCAAGAAUCAUCUGCCCAAAUCACGACAGAAUUAAAUGCGCACCUGGACUCUGUUUCUACCAAAACUGUUCGUCGGGAGUCAAUAUUCAUAGUCAGGCUGCUAUAGCCAAACCUUUGGUCACUUGAGCCAAUGCCAAACAUCGAUUUCAUUGCUGCCAGCAGAGGAAAUAUUGGACUAUGGACAAUGUGAAACAUGUAUUGUUCUCUGAGUCCAUCUUCACUGUCUGGGAGUUACGGUGUGUACACCCGGACUGUUGCCGCCCGGAGUGAAGAACAGGGUGGAUCAGUGAUGAUUUGGGGUGCAAUAUCAUGGCAUUAAGCACAGUAGGGAAUACUGUAGGGAUAACUGUGCUGUGCUUGAUCCAUUGCUGAACUACCAAACUAUUGCUGAAGGACCAUGUGCACCUAAUGGUUCAAACAUUGUACCCUGAAGAGGGUGCUGUGUAUCAGCAUGAUAAUGCACCAAUGCACAGCAAGACAUGUGACAGAAUGAUCUGAUGAAUAUGAAAGUGAAGUUGAGCAUUUCCAUGUUCUGCACAGUCACCAGAGCUAAAUAUUUCUAAGCCACUUUGGGGUUUGGAGAAGCAACUCAGAAAAUGUUUUCCUCCACCAGCAUCACAUAGUGACCCGGCCACUGUUCUGAAAGAGGACUUGUAUCUGUCAUUCCCAAGACAAACUCAUGUUGUAUUGGUUGGAAAAGGAGGCCCUACACCAUAUUAAUAAAUUACUGUGGUCUAAAAAGGUGUUUUCCAUUUAAUUGUCCAACACCUGUAGGCUACAUGUGAUGUUAAGUAAUAAUAAUGACACUAUUUAAAUGUGCAAAAGGUCUUUACCAUGGCAAUAAAUGGCUUAACUAGCUGUAUAAUAAAAUAAUGAGGGAGGACACCAACGGAUUAUCCACUUACAUGCAAGUGAUAUUAUGUCACUAUAGCAAUUCAUCAUGACUGUGGGUGUAAAACGUGAAGAGUGUUUGAACUAAAGCACACAAGCCUCUAAACGACUCAAACUAGUCGUGACUCGUGCAGUUAUAAAUAAAUUAUGCAGGCGCAAAGUCCAUAGUCACAAAGGUUUGAAACCUGUUGGACGUUUACUAUACCGUCAGCUUGAACCAGUCUGGCGAAUCUACUCUUAUUUCGCUGAUUAAUAGGGAUUCAUUUGCCCGCGGAUACUCAAACUCAAAUCAUCCCAUGAUAAGAGUCACUUCUUAGAUCAUAUUUCGUUCACAUUUUGACGCUAGGCCAAAUCUGUACGCAUUUAUACUGGAUAUUCGCAUUAACGAGCAGUUGUGCUGAGUGUUUCUGACUGUAUACAUGCAUAAGCAGCAAGUGUUAUAAGAGAGCGGUGAUCUGAUUGGUCCGUCAUGUGGGCGUGGGCGUUACUUCCUGUCAGUCUGGCAGUGUUUGGAACAAUUGGGCUUUGGGUUGUGUAUGCCAUAGCAGUGUCCAAUAACUCUGUUAAUAUAACUGAAGAAUUCCCUUACAUCAGCACGUGUGGCUCAUACAGCCCCCAGAGCUGCCUGUUUUCUCAGAUCUGCAACAUUUGCUGUGUGUUGGCUCUAUGGAUUGUCACAAUCAGAUUUCAACAGAUCCGGGAUUUGGGUCGUGCAUCUCAUUUAAAUACAGCCGGUCUGGUGCUUGGCUUCAUCUCUAGCAUUGGCAUUUCCAUUCUAGGAAACUUCCAGCAAUCUGUAGUGAUGGGGGUUCAUCUGCUUGGGGCGCUCAUGGCCUUCUUCCUGGGUUUGGCUUACUUCUGGGUCCAGGCGUGGCUUGCGUACUACAGCCCGCCGUCACCUGACCGCAAGUGGGUCGUGCCUGUGCGUGUCAUCCUCUGCAGCCACUGUACUUGUUUGGUCAUCUGCAUGUUUGUUCUCCAUAGCACUGGGUUUCGCUCUGAAGCUGCCAUGUGUGAGUGGGCUCUGGUCAUGGGUUUUUUUGCACUGUUUGGGAUUUUUGCAGCAGAGUUCAGACACAUUGACUUUCACAAGCUCACCGUACAGAAGAAGGGAAUGAAACCCGCCAGUGAUGCUAAUGGUGUGUGGACAUUACAGGAGAUUCACUGAGGAAGAGCUGCAAGUUGUGGCUGUGGUAAUCAGACAGAUAUACAUACAACUGGAACAAACUCACCAUAUAACAUGGACACAACAUUGCUAAAUGCACAAAUACACACAUUAUAUAAAAUGCUCCCAUUUUACACCAUGUUUGGAGUUGAGUUGGAGUUGGAUUUUACAGUAUAAAUUAUAUUGUGGAAAUGCUAUGCUGAAUUUAUGAGCAACAUUGUUUACAUGAUAUGUUAUAUACCUUAAGAUGAUUAUAGUGUAUAAUGUGAGAGGAUAAUCAAUGUAGUAUUCCACUUAUUUAUGUUAUUGUAGUACAACAAACGGUAAUACCUCAAACCGGAUCUCUUUGGUAUGUUUUUUAGCCUUAAUGACUUUGUUUACAUAAUGCUAUUAAGUAUAUUCUGUUAUAAAUAAUUGAAUUUUAUCUGACCAUUAUCAAAGAAAGCUGUUAUUUAAUAUAAAUAAAUAAACAAAUGUGACAAUAUUAACAAUUGCCAAGUCUACAAAUUGAACAUUUAAAGCAAAAAAAUAUGAUGUUAUUCUUUAACUGUUCAGUAAUAUGUAGUAGCCCUAAAGUUUAAAGUCAGCAUGAAACAGAAGUUGCAAUAGCCUUUUCUUCCCUGUUGUGACGUAUGUCCAAAUGGCACUGCUUCUCUAACAAUAAAAAAAUGUAGGGUGGGA